UUGAUUCUUGUUCGACGGUCUAUGAUGUUACUGAAGAUCAUUCAUACGAAAUGUCAUGGAAUGGAAAUCAACACUUUAGCGGAUGUAGAGUAACAUUUCACGGUUAUGCUUCGGAUAACUCUCUUGAUGAAUAUAAAAUCUGUAUAAAAGCAACAAUAUGGAAUGUAUAUGAUUCUGGUGUUACUCUGAAAUAUUACAGUGGAAGUAGCGUUCUUUUCACAUACAUUCAAAAGACAUAUACAAAAGGUUAUGGUAAUCCAACAUUUGAAUGGUGUUCAAACCAAGACGAUUACGUUGACGUUGAGCUAGCCACGCUCUUUUCCAGUUCAAACCCAGGACAGAUAACAUUAGAUGUCACAGCUGUGAAGACAUAUACCUAUUACAGUUAUGGAGGAAAAAUUGGCGGCGCUGUUGGUGGAUUCAUUGCCUUUGUUGUUGUAUGUGUUGUCAUUGGAAUUGCUUGCAAAAGACGUUCAUAUGUAAGGACAACAUAUUCAGCUCCAACUCCGGCUACCACUGUUAUAACACAGUCUGGUUCACAACAAAUGGGAGGAUUCGCCAAUCCUGGAUAUCCAACUGGUCCGGCAUCUCCUCCUCCGUAUAACCCUCCAUCAAAUACUGGUUAUCCUGCUCCACAACAGGGCUACUACAAUCAGCCACAGUAUCCACAACAACCGCCUCCAUAUCCAGUAACUUCACCACAAGCUAAUCCAGGCCAAGCUCCGUAUCCAGUAGCAGGACCAACACCAACAAAAUACUAAUUAAUUCUGCCGUUUUAUAUUUUAAUGAUUAAUUAUAUGUUACUUUUAAAAGAAAUGAAAAUAGAUUGAAUUUUGAUGUUGCAUAUAUUGAUUGCUUUGAUAGUACAAUUAACUAGAUACUAUCUGGUCAUUGAACAUUUUUAAAUUUCCAUCCUGAACCAGAUACUUUUAUCAUUUAAUUUUUGUUAUUACAUCGCGAAGACCUUGAGGUCAUUCCGAUGUAUUGCUAUCGCCUAGAUUUCCAUUAUGUAAAUUAGUUUUGGGUUUGUAACCGAUCUAUAAACAUGAUAAAUAUGCGCACAUAAACGAGUGCAAAAUAACAUUCCUUAUCGAUUGAUAUAAAUACAUCUCUUCAAUGAAUACUGAUAAAAAUAUUUUUGUUUACAACAUAAAUUAAUAAUAUGAAAAUGUUUUGUAGUUAGAUAUAUAUAUAUAAGUAAAAAAUCAUUGAUAAUAUCAAUGCACACGUACCGAAAAUUGUGUUAAAGCAUGCGGAAGAAUAUCUCAAAGAACGUUUUGCGACAAUACCGGCAAGGACCGGUAACUCUGUAAUUGUUUUUGCUGGAAAAUAUGAAUGCCUACUCGUAUCCAAUCUUAGAAAAAUCGAAUUUUUACAGAAAAGUGUCCACCAUGCACUUGCAUUGCACUAUUAUUAGAAUAGUAGAAUAGAAUGAUAUACAAAUGGAUGCAAAUCAUAUAUAUAUGUAACUGUUUUAAUAUAAUAUAUAACAACAAAUCACUACAAUAUAAUAAUUAUUACGGUGAAGUUGAAUUUCCUGUCAUUCAUUCAUCAUCCACGCACGAACUUGUCUCAGAAAAAAAUAUAUCUCUGUACAUUAACCUCAGUUUCAGGUAAAGAGAUAUGUUGUUUUUUUCUGAGACAAGUGCUUUUGACCAUCCUCAAGAACUUGUGGUCAUCCGAUGUUCAGUACUUCAGUACUUUG